AUGCGCUUCGCAGGCCGCUGGAGCUUCCUGGGUGCGGCGGCAGUGAUGGCCUCCGUGGCGGUCCGAGACGCGGCUGCCGACGGGGAAAUCAACGUGAAGUGCUCAGGGCAAAAGCAAGCAAUAGAGCUCACACUGAAUGACACCUUCGCGAGUUAUGAGUGUUUGAACAACGGUUCUGUCGAUGAAAAUAUUGGCGGAGGCUCUUUUCAGGUCAACGUGGGGGUGGUCAAGCUAAACCUGUCUUUAGAGGCAUUUAAUAGCCUUUCAGUAACAUCACUAAACUUCAAGGCCCUGAACGAGCCCACUAAGCUGGUCAACAACGAGACGUUGGAUUUCGAGAAAUUUCCCUCUCUGGAGUAUCUGACCUUUCAAGGCGUGGAGUUUGAGGCAGAAAUUGUUCAACUGAAUUUGCCAAGUUCCAUCUUGAGCAUCCAUUUUAUUGACUCGAACCUCACGGAUCUCUCGCUGCAAGGUAGCACUGACAAGCUACAGCGAAUUGAAUUGGAAAACACGUCCGUUGCGAUGUUCCCAAUGUUCCUAUACGAACGCCAGUGGACAACAGCUACGAACAUUAUUGUGGAUUUAUCGGAGGUCAACGAGACAAUCUCUGAUGAUCAAUUCAACACUUUGGAAAAAAAUGCGGACACUCUCUCGUCACAUGAAUGGGCAAAACAGUAUCAUCGGUUAUGCAAUGAGACUAUCUACCAACCUGACGGCAUGACCGUGUCGUGCGCUUCACCGAAUACAGAUAUGACUAAUAAUACCUAUUCGGAGAUCAACAGCACCACAAAUGCUGCCAAAAAUGAUUCCAGCAGCUCAGGCUCUGUAGAUGACGUGAGCGCAGGCGAUAGCAGUGGCGGAAUUUCUACUGGAGCUCUCGUUGCGAUCAUCGUGGUUGUCGUCGUCAUUGUCGUGAUUUUGGCUAUCUUCAUUCUGCGAAUGUAUUUCAAGCGCAAGGCCGCCAACGCGAAUGCUAACAACAACGAAGCUACAGCGACGCUGAUGAGUAAGGGUGACGCUUCUGCGGAUAAAGGAUCUUUCAUCUCGAACGAUGAAUUCUUGCGUAACUUCCGUUUGCCACAGAGUGACAUAGCACUCGUCAAGUCUCAGGGUACAGGUCGGCUGUGGAUGGGCGAGUAUAACGGCAACAAGGUGAUGGUGAAGCGUGUCGAGUCCGAGGUGACGGACUCGUACGUGACGAAGGCGUUGAUGGCCCAGGCGCGAACAUUUGCGACUAUUUCGCACCCGAACAUCACGAGUUUAGUGGGCGUCACUUGGCUGGCCGGUACAGAUUUCGCUGUAGUGACCGAGUUCAUGGACAAGGGAAACUUGAAGACAGUGCUGGCGAACACUGAUGUGAAUCUGGAUAUCGCAACCAAGUUACAGAUGUGCUGUGACGUCGCAUUGGCACUUGCCUAUCUGCACGAAACGGAGCAAAAUCUGUGUGCCAAGCAGCUAUCGAGCCGGAAGGUACUCGUCAACAAGGCCAUGAACUGCAAGCUCAGUCUGUUCGAGUGUGUACCAAGUUCAGCCAAACUAGGAGGCCCAAGCACGGCAACCACGUAUUCCUAUGGCAUGGGCGAGGUUGCGUGGCUGCCACCAGAGAUUAUCACUCGGUCAUCGCCCAUGGACGCGCGGAAAAACAACAUUUACGCGUUUGGAGUGUUGGUUAGCGAGAUUUUCACGCGUGUGUCACCGUAUCAGUCGCUGGUCGAGGCACUGGGCAACACAAUGUCAGAUGUGGAGCUAGUCAAGCGUGUGCGGCGCCAGGAUCCGCUGGUACCUCACGAAAACCGGCAAGAAUUCCUCGCAGCACCGGCAAGCGUGCGACGGAUGGUCGCGCAGUGCCUCUCGUACGCACCUAUGAGCCGACCAACUGCGAAAGAACUUGUGGAAAUUUUGCAUAAUGCAAAGGAGGAGCUAGCGACGAACAGCAUCUGA